UGCUAAAGCAUUUUGAGCCCAUGAGCAGCCAGGCCCAUCCGUUUCCGUCUGAAUCCCCGUGUGCCACGACCGUACUACUCGCGAGGCGGCGCAUGGCGAGGCGGCGACCGCCGGCGAGAGAGACGAGGGAUCCCGACGUCGCCCGGUCGGGAGGCGCGACUCCUCCUCCUACGCCUCACGCUCGCCGGCGGCGCCGCUGCCCUCGACCCUGUCGUUCCCUCCCCCAGUUUCGAUUUGAAGGGCAUUUGGUCUGGGAUCUCUUCCUGGAGUGUUCGAGAUGGGCAAUCAGUUCCUUCAAAAAUAAUUAUAUGCGUAAUCAGUUCCUUCAAGAAACAUAUAUGCACCACACUGGGCACGGGCCAUGUCAUAUAUCUUUUGGGAUAGGGGUGGCGACAAGCAUUGGAACCCAGGGCGGUCGCCCAUAGCGUGGAUACUUUCUCUUUUAGAAGUUUUUAUUGAUUUUAGGCUUGGCCCUGGUUGUUUCUUCCUCAGUUUGUCCCAUCCAGCUUAGAGGCUGUAUCAAUGUUUACCAUCAUUCGCAUAUCUUCCUUGUUAAGGAAUCAGUUAUAUACCCUUUUUUUUCUUCGUAGAAAUCAUCCGCUCAUCUCAUUAUUUUUGUUGGUACAUUAUCGUGUGGAUAGAUAUGUAGGUUUGAUGCCUGAAAAGAGCAGAUGUGGUGAUGCAAUUGGGGCUAGGGUGAGUGUCUAUUGCGGCAUUAAGAUAGCAUGCAAUCACGGCUACAACUACUGGUUUUUGUCUUUUGUGAAGUUAUCUUGUACAUCGGUGCAAUUAGUGCUCAUGCAUACAUCAUGUAGGAUUGCGUGCUCACAACAUUGCCUGCCAUGCGCCAUGUACCACCACAAGAUCAAAUUCACGGGCAUGAAUUAACCCAUUGAUUAUGUGAUAUAUCGUCAUGACACCUCUGCACAGGAAGACUCCUUGUAGAAUUCUUGGUAUGCAUGAUAGCAUAUGCUAUAAAUCAGUGAAACUGUUGCAUGUUAUAAGUAAUGAAGCUGGCCAAGAAAUUACCUUAUUUACUCUCCAGACUUUUUCCUGAGGAAUCAUCUUAAAGCAGCACAUCACCAUUUGGUUUGUUUUGACAUUUGAAAGUUGAGACUUGAGACCCUUUAGGACUUGGAAGUUCUAAUGGUUACAACUGAAGUAUUGAUAUGUUUGCUAAUUAAUAGGUGAAUGGCCUGCUUGCUUUGUUUCUUUCAUAUUAACACUAGGUACUGAAUGAAGAAAAAAAAUAUUACUGUGGGCUAGAGCUAGGAAGAGCAUGUAUGAUUCCUAAACAGAAUUCGAAACAGAAGAGAAAUAAAUAGAACAAUUAGGUUUUCAUGCAUCUGUUCAAUCUGUUUGUCUUUUUUGAACUUGUUUCUGCAUUGACUGUUCAAAAUGCAGUUUGGGUCACAUCAAAGGAUGUGCCAAAAGCAAGCGUGGUGAUAGAGAACAGAUAACCUUCUUAGACCAUGUACAAUCUUAGAGAGAUAAGCACCGGCUUGCAUUGUACAUGGUCUUGCAUGUUCUUUACAUUGGAAACUGAAGAAGCACAAGAGGACAAAAUAAUGAUGAUGUUAACUUUUAUUUCUCAAGUCUCACGCCAAAAGAAGGUAUUAGAUCCAUAUAUGGUUAGAUCCAUCACAAACAUUGGUAGCCUUUCAGCGUCAAAAAACAUUGGUAGCCUUCGUUUCUUCCCCUUAGGGUCUCACUGACCUGAUGGAAAAUCUUUCAGUUUUAGUUCUUGAUCAGGAUCCGGUUUCCCUGUGGACCAUCUCCAAUAUGCUUGCUAGAUUCAACUUCAAAGUUCUUCCUUUCCAUACACCGGAAGAGGCCCUAGAUUCCCUUAAAAGGGGGGUUGCUAAAGAUGAGGAGCUUGAUUUGAUAGUAGCGGAAGUUCAUCCUGGCAAUACAGAGUUGGGCACCUUGGUGCUGUUUCACCACAUCCUGAAUGAACUUGAAGUGCCUCUCAUCACUAUGUGUGCCUAUGAUGAGGCAGUCUCUGCACGCAUGACCCUUGGAACAUGCUUCAAUGUGGUUAAGCCGUUGGAUACUGAAACCAUCAAUGUUCUGAGGAUGAGAGCACUGCAACACAGGUCUAUUAAAAAUCACAAGUCUGAAACUGAGGAUGAAGAACAAGAUGCGUUGGAAGCAAAUGUCUAUUCCGAUAAUCUGGGUCGGUUCACGUGGAGCAGUGAGCUCCAUGAAAAGUUCUUGCAGGCUGUUGAAGUGCUUGGGGCGUCUGUCACGGCUGGAAAAAUUCACCAGUACAUGAAUGCCAAGGAUUUGAAUUUGACCAGACAGCAUGUCGCAAGCCAUCUCCAGAAACACCGGCUGCGGGCGCAGAGGUUAUCUCAAGGUUAUCAACAUUAUGCCAGCAUGAAAGAAUUAUCUGAGAUGAUUUCAUCGUCAUACAAGUUAGCCAGUGCUAAACCCAAUAAUUAUCUGGCAACAACCCAGACGCAGUUCACACAUGGGGUUGCCUCUUCUAUCUGGGACAAGUACCCUGGGAUCGUGUGGCCACAUGUGGAGGGAAGUUCAGCUGCCUCUGCUAUGUGGUACAAAUACCCCGGAAAGCCGUGGGGACAAGUGGGGGAGAGCUCGGCCAGAGCAGAAGUUUCCCAGAUUAAUGCAGGCCCACCUUCUGUUCUGAUACAUGGUACCAAGUCCAUUUGGGACCGGUACGAGGAGAGCCUGCAGUACUAUAAUGGGAGCCCGGCAAAUAAAUGUGAGGUGCUGCCUGUGAAGAGCAAAACACUUGAUGUAUAUGGAUGCAAUAUUUUCAUCAACCUGGAGAGAGGGGAGACCAGUCGUACGGAAGCAGCAGGCAAGAUUGUCAUCGGCCUGGAGAGCGAUGACAUGCACGAAGGCAGCAUGGAUAACGUGCAUGCUGCAGUUACUCCGCAGAAAGAUACCAUGGAGAAGGUGCGUGCCGCAGUUACUCCGCAGAAAGAUGCCAUGGACGAGGUGCACGCUGCAGCUAUUCCGCAUGGAGUGAAGGAGGUGCCUGCUGCAGCCAUGGGCGCUGGUGAUCUGAUGGACCUUGGGAGCGAAGCCCUGCUUGACGGUAUGGACAACUACCACCCCAGUGCAGAGAAUGCGCAGUCUGAGCCUUUCAGUGACUCGGAUUGGGAUGAGUUGGAGAAAUUCUGGAUGAACCAGAUGGAAGGACAGGGCCAGGAGCAGCAAGGCCUCGUACCAUUGGAUCUGCUCCUGGUAGACGGCAUUGCGCCAGAUGAACUGCUCCAGGAAGACGAAGCCUGGAACCAGGCGCUUCAGCCGGCAAACCCGGCGAACGUCGUCAACAACACACCCAUAGCUGAAGAACCCGCCACUGGAGAUGCCCUGGUGUACGAUCUUGCGAACCAAUCCGGCGUCGCCGACAACGUGUUCUGGGUCUGGAGCCCCCAGUUUGCGGGCGACGACUACGGCAUGCCGUUCUAGGCCCACCAGAAGAGGAGCAACUCAAGAACUGCUUUUAUUUUAGUAGUAAUAAUAAGACUGGUGAAGUAUAAGCAAUAAAGUUUCCUAGGGAGAAAUCCCCAGGAGAUAUAUGGGAGAGCUGCUGAUGCUCGGACAUGUUUCCAGUGCUCUGUGGCAUUGAUUAAACCCAUUCGUUAAUCGGUUUCCAGACUUGUACAUAUUAUCUUCCUCCGUGAUGCAUUAUGACUAUAUAA